AUGACCAAUGAAUGGAUUGAGAAGACUAACGAGUUCUUGGAAGGGGCAUGGGCGCAAGCUGAAGGGUCGAGGUUCAUGUGGUGUCCCUGCAAGAGUUGUGGAAACCAGAAACGGAAGACAAAGAAGGUCAUGGGAGAACAUCUUGUCAAUUAUGGAUUUACGCCAGACUAUACCUGGUGGAUCUUUCACAGUGAAGCCCAUCGUAUGAGGGACGAGGUCGUGAGGCAACGCAUCGAUGAAUGUGAUGUUGCUAGUGGGAUUGGAGACAUGUUAGAUGACUAUGAAGAGGCACAUUUCGGUGAAGGACCACAGGAGGAGGAGCCAGAGGCAAGCACAAAGGCGUUUUACGAGAUGUUGGAGGCGGCACAGAAACCUCUUCACGGCCAAACAAAGGUUUCUCAGCUGGACGGCAUUGGACGCCUUAUGGCCUUAAAGUCCCAGUUUGGCCUGAGCCGAGACGCCUUUGAUAGUAUGUUGACCGUUUUUGGGAGCAUUCUUCCGGAAGAUCACAUUCUGCCCAAGACAAUGUAUCAGGCGACGAAAAUCCUUAGUGCACUGAAGAGGCCAUAUGAGCAGAUACAUUCUUGUCCUAAAGGGUGCAUUUUAUUUAGGAAAGAGCACCAGGCUGAAACAUACUGUCCAAAAUGCAAAGCUUCAAGAUUCCUGGACGUGGAUGCAGGUGACGGUCAGCCUAAGAGGCAGCUCAUGAUUCCUGUGAAAAUCAUACAUUACCUUCCGUUCAUUCAGAGGAUCCAAAGACUCUAUAUGACCGAGGAAACCGCGAAAUAG